AUGUCUUCAACAAGACCUAGAACGAAUCUUUUGCGAGCCCCGGUUCUUCCGGAGCAAACGACGCCCGAACAGCGUUACUGGAGAGCUUAUGGUGCCACACAACUGGUCAGAGAGCAUAACAGCGUCACAAGCGUUGCAUUCAAUCCACAACAGCCCAAUGACUUUGCCGUAACAGCAUCUACAAGAGUGCAGCUGUUUUCAUCGCGUACCAGACAAGUCAUAAAGACAUUUUCGCGCUUCAAAGACGUGGUUUAUGCCGCCAACUUUCGUCCAGACGGUAAGCUUCUAGCCAUGGGAGACGCUACAGGUUUGGUAUCGGUGUAUGACUCGUACAACCCGCGUACGCAGCUGGUGUCCAUCGCUGCAUCGUCGCAUCCCACCCACGUAGCCAAAUUCCAUCUCACGGACCCUCAAACGCUGGUCACAGCGAGCGACGACCGUGUGGUGCGCGUGUGGGACAUUUCACAGGCUCAACAACCUCUCGCGGAGCUUACGGGUGCUGCAGACUAUGUGCGUACUGUGUGCAUGGUCCCACAAGCUCCUCACCUUGUCGUGACUGGUUCGUACGAUGGUCAUGUCCGCCUCUACGACACGAGAGCUAACUCCAGCUCCAAGCCUACUACGCUGGCCCAAGGCUUGCCUGUCGAGGACGUCAUUGCUGUGUCUCCAACUCAGCUGGUCUCGUGUGGUGGACCUGGCUUCAAAGUGUGGGACCUGACAGCUCAAAGACAACUUCUAGACAGGUCAAAUUUUGCCAAGACCACAACCUGUUUGGAUUAUGUUGAUCUUGCCUCAGACUCUCCCAUGAGCUCCACCCUCGUUGUUUCGUCUUUAGACGGUCAUGUCAAGAUCUUUGAUCCCUUGGAUGGCUACAAAGUCAAGUUCGGCUGGAAAUUUUCAGCACCCGUUUUAAGUUGUGCUGUAUCCCCCGGUGACGCUCAGGGCAAUAGGCAUCUAGUCGCUGGACUUUCAUCCGGUCUACUAGCCAUAAGAACAAAGAAGAAAGCAGCUGCAACUAAUGUUGAGAUUGAGAAGGUCGCUGCGAAAAGCAACAACUUCCAGAGAAUGAUGAGAGGGUCUGAGUACGCUGGCGACCAAGAACAUAUAAUUCACCAUGACAAAACUCGUCCACAACGUAAACUGCGGGCUUUUGAGCGGUAUAUGAAUAGCUUCAAAUGGUCUGAAGCCCUUGACGCGGCCUUCUUGUCCGGUAUGGCCAAAGAAUUGACACUUACGGCCUUGAAUGAACUUCGUAAGAGAGGUAAAAUCAGAGUAGCGUUGGUAGGAAGAGAUGAGUCAUCGUUAGAGCCCUUACUUAAUUGGUGCACGCGUGGUGUCGAGGAUGUAAGGAGUGCAUCUAUAGUUGCUGACUGGGUCGCCGUAGUACUUGAAAUGUACGGCGAUCUUAUUGCCCGAUCAUCUCUCCUGGAAGAGAUGGUUGUGGCUCUAAGGGACAAGGUCAAACAAGAAGUGCAUAGAGCUGAGGAGGCGCAAAAGAUAGAAGGAAUGUUACAACUCCUCGUUAGUUGA